GAGGUUAUUUAUAUAUCAAUCAUCUUUCAUAUCCCAGCUUCUUGACUUAGUUUAUUGAAUGGUUACGAUUUUUAUCUUUGAUGGCGUGACAUUGCAAACCAGCCAUACAAUACAAGGGAGUUUCUUAUUAUAUUAAUUAGAUUUGUAAUGUGUCUGUUUAGGAAACUAAUUUUGAACAACAUAGAGCAGUUCUUUCCAUUUUUUGUCAUGUUAUUUUGUUAUUUUGUUUGGCAAUCAGUAGAAAGCCCUAAUUUGGUUUAAAGUUGUUUUUAUUCGACACUGGAAGAUAACUUGCUCGCUAAGGGUAAUAAUAUGAUUUAGUACAAAAUCUUUUCUGAUAAGAGUUACAUGAGUUGAGUUUAAUUAUGAAGGUUAACUACUAAAAUAAUCAGUAAAGCCAUUCGGUUAUCGAAAGUCAAGACCAGGAGGUAAUUUCGGAGUGAAUGAAUAGAUGCUCAAGGUGUUGUUAUUGACUUGUAAAAAUCGAGGAGCAUGUAAAACGUUUUUACUGUCACUGCCACCAAGUCCAAUUCAAUCGUUUGUCGCUUAGGAUGCCACAAACCCUUGAAAUAGAAGAAAUCUUUCUUUCCGAAGAGCGCGACUCGAAAGUACAUCCAACACGCAAACUUUGAGGUUCGGGCCAAACCUUGUUGGUAGAAUUCUAUAUGGUAACCAGUCGUUUCGCCCGAUAACCAGUUCGCCCGAUGUCCCAGACUGAAAGUUCAAAGAAGGAUGUGUUGAAUUCUAUCUUUUGACUAAACGAGCGGAAAAGACAACACUGUAGACUGAAUUAGUGUAACCCGUUUUUUAUAUGCUAAUAAGAAUCCCUAAAUGGAAUUUAGGAACACAACACUAACAACCUCGCGAGGUGUAUCCAAACUUGAGCAAAAAUUCUUACCGGGAAUUUUGCCCUAAAUUUGAUUUUCCUUCCGGUAAUUUCGGUUGAAUGGUUUGCUUUGCGGAAAUUCAAUAAUUUCCGCUUUUUCUGGAAAAUUUAAUUUCCCGGGAAAUUUCCGUACCAUUUGUCCCCAUUUCCAAAUUUUGGGAAUUUAAGGUUGAAUAGAAAAUAAAACUCCUAGCGCUUCAAAUUCCUAAUUGUGGACAUUUAUUCAAAAUAACACGCUUCUGAUGCCUGCAUGCCGGCGUGCAAGUACCGGUGCGAGUGUUUCUCAGGCACAGGCGUCAGAAAGCCAGCGAUAUAAUGUUAUGUAACAUCAAAAAAAUGGUAAGAAUAUUCAAAAGUACUACGCGUAUUUCGCGCACCUUCACUGUUUUUUCCCUGGCAAAGAAUAUUUUGGUUCAGAUUUUAAACAGUCCAGUACAUUCCAACGGCAAAACGAUCUCUUGCGUACCCAACCUGGUCAUUAGAGUAUUAUGCGCCUCAUUAACAUAUAAGGAACGGGUUAUACGAAUUCACUCUACAGCUCAUUGUGGGCAUUGGGUUCAUCACAGAGCUAACAGUCCGGCUAAUCAUGGCGAACUGGCUUUCGUGCGAAACUUCCAUAUUAGGGAGUUUUGUUUACCUUUCUUGCAACGCUGAUAGCCGUGAUACACAGAUAUCCUGUGGGCUUUGAAGAUAAGAAUUGUUUUCGUUUACGAUUUCACAACCUCAAUUCUUAUAUGUUAAUUAGAAUUAUUAAAUGCUAAUACAAGGAGCAAUAGAGCGUUUUCACUCACGCGGCAAGCAGCCAUGCAGAUUUAUUGGCACAAGUGUUUUAAAAAACCCAACAAAAAGAAAGAAAGUGUUUACAUAAGAAAAGAGUUCAACUCACAGGAUUGGUCCUGUAGAUCGACAUGGCCGUCGUUUCUUAUUAUGGGUGCCGUGAAGUCAUGUGUAAACGCUCUAUAAAGAGCACACGCUCCAGAGUGUAUUGUUUUUUCAAAAAUUAUGAUUUGUGUUCAUGCAGGUAUCAAAUAUCAAAAUAGUUUGGAUGCACAAUUUUCUUUGAACAUGCAUUAUUCAUUGUUCUUUACCAUACCGUUAAUAAAGAAGAGAUUCGAGGUUUGUGAAAUCUUUCUGAUGACUGCAUUGCGAAGCUAAAAAUAAAUAAUUAUGCUAAGGAAACACUAUAAUGUGACCAUUGUGCUUCAAGGAAAUUUUGAAGGGGAAGAAUUUUGAAGUGUUCAUUCUCCAGACCCCUUAACGCCACAGCUAAGAAUUGGUCUGUAUUGCGUAUAUUGCAAACAUUACGGCCAGAAAAAUCCAAAUACAGCAUUCCUUCUCAUUCACUCGGUGGUCUGCGGCCUCCCCACCCUGGUGUUUUAAUUCAAUGCUAGGGGUUACCCUGCGAGGGACUAGCAUCCUAAACAGGUUGGAAAUACAAAUACUCCUAGUUGCUUAGAUAUAACGGAAACUUGCAAACCCCCGGUUUUACCUGGGUUAAGGCGGUUGAGUUUGUAGCGAUAUUACGUCGUAAACUUGCGUGCCUUUUUCAAGGCCUUGUUAGAGCGCCGUGUGGCAUAGAUAUAAAAACAACUGAAACCGACGUAAAAGUUAGUACAGCUGCAAAGCAAGUUAAAUCGCCCACAGGAUGUGGAUUGAAAACGAACUUCUUCGAAACCCAAGGGGCUAUGAAGACUAGAAAAAUUCUGAAGUCAAAGAACUGACUGAGUAGCCACCCAGUGAAUGAUAGCGUAUACUUGCGUAUAAAGUUACAGUGCGCUCCCAAAUAAUUCCUUUGACGUGGUAUUUGUAUUUAUUCUCCAAUGCUUAAAAUUAGAUUCGCUAUUCCAUAUUUCCAGGUCUAGUUCAGUUGUUUACAAACUCGUUGCUCGGUACUGGAAACAACAACAAGCAAUCGAGAAAGUUCGUAUGAGGAAUAAAAGUGAGUAAAUAAACGUUAGUUGAGUUGUAACGGUACUUGGAAAGGGAGAAAACAGAGAUAAAUAAACCGUCCCUUAUUUUAGUGCAAAGAACAAAAUUGUUCAGUCUUCUCAGAGGCGAUCAGAAGUGAUUCACUGUAGCAUGUCACGUAUCGAUGAUAGCCACUUUUUAGUGGCUGCAAGUGAUAUGUUAAAACAUAUUCCUUGUUUGUUUGCCCUUCAUUGUUUAAGCUGCUAUGGUGACAGUUCCCAGUUUCUUUUGUUUUCGCGUUCCAUCGUAAAUUAAGGCUCGAGGUGAUCACGAAUACAUUUUCUGCGUUCCUCGUCGCAAAACACUGAAGGGACGGAUCAAUCUGUGUCGUUCUCGACGUGAAAGUUUCCUCUUUGAAAUAAUUACAGAUAGGUCUGGGUAGUAUUGCGUGAAACAUCGGGUUUGCGCAGUAUUCUUUAAUAUUGCAUGAUUCGCCAACUGCUGUAGUGUUUCUCAAGGUUCGUGACUGUUACAUGUUUACGUUGUAAACACUGCUUUGCCGGAAUCUAACAGCAUUUCCGCUGGCGGAAAAAAUGGCUAGCAAAAGCGCCAAUUGUGCUCCGGACUUCUUAAAUCAUCAAGAACUUAAUCGGAGUCUGAUUGCCCUAAUGGAAACUCGAGGAAAAACAGCGGCGGAUCGCCUCGAGCGAGAGCUUGGCGGUGUGAAAGGAAUCGCAAAGCGCUUGCAUUCGUCAACAAGAAAAGGUCUACUGGGCAUUAAAGAUGGACUCGCAAGUAGGCUAGUUUUUGGUGAAAACUUUAUACCACUGAAACCACCUCAAAGUUUUUGGCGAUCACUUGUUUUCUCGCUCACUGACUCCGUUCUGAUUAUUUUGGUGUUGGGAGCAAUUGCCGCUCUUUUGCUAGGAUGGUAUCAUCCAGAGAUAUGUGAUGGAAUCGAGCAGACCAAGACGGCAUGGAUGGAAGGAUGCGGUAUCAUUGGCACUGUGGUCGUCAUUAUCCUGUCCUCAGCGCUAAGUGACUUCUACCGGGACCAGGAAUUUUAUAAGAUGCAAAACAGGAUUGAGAAGAGCCGCACAUGCACUGUCAUAAGAAGUGGAAACGAGCUCAACUUGUGUUGCAAAGACGUAAGAGUUGGUGAUCUCUGUCUCCUGAAAGUCGGUACAAUUGUCCCAGCAGAUGGCGUCCUCGCUCAAACCAAUGAGUUAGUUACUAAUGAUAGCAUCGUCAAUGCUGGUCCACGCGUCGUUAAGGGAGAGGAAGAUCCUUUGGUUUUCGCUGGGAGCUAUGUUAGAGAGGGUAGCGGGAGGUUUCUAGUCACUGCUGUCGGUCGCAACACACAGGCUUUCAGGUACAGAGGCAACGCAAGCAUGCCGGCCGAGUCUGAUGGACCUGAUGACGAACGCACGACCUUGCAAGGGAAGCUGAACAAGGCCUCAGCUAUUUUAGGGCUUAUUGGCAUAAUGCUGGGUCUACUGGUGGCAUUUAUUAUCAUUCUGAGAUUCAGCAUUCAAACAUAUUCUGUUGACGACGAGAGUUACGAUGAGAGUCACUGGAUUGAGUUUGUACAGGCAAUAAUAAUUGGCAUAGUCAUCGUUAUUAUUGCUGAACCCGAAGGACUGUCUUUAGCUGUCACGAUAACACUGUCUUAUUGCGUUGACAAGAUGUACGCCAGCCAAAUAUUGGUCAGGAAUGUUGAUGUGGUGGAGAAAAUGGGAAACCUAACAACCAUAUGUUGUGGGAAGACAGGGGUUCUGACUGAACUCAGUAAAAUGACUGUCACGGAACAAGUGGUGGAGUGUUACAUGGCAGACGGAAGGUAUAGCGGAAAUCCACGCUAUUACAGGGACAAGCUGCCCCCAAACUUAGUUAAAGUCCUGUGUGAUGCCAUAUCUGUCAAUACAAGUUACUCCUCCACUAUAACGCCUACAGGCCCUCAGUGCCUUCCUAAGCAAGCCGGUGACAGAACAGAAUGUGCUCUUCUUCAGUUCGUGCUUGACCUAGGUCAGUACUACCCGUUUAUAAGGAACGAUCAUCCAGAGGACACAUUCGUUAAGGUAUUUGGUUUUUCUCCUGAGCGUAAAUCCAUGACUACAGUCAUUCGUGAAGGUGAUGACUUCAAGAUUUACUCGAAAGGAGUUCCUCAGGCCAUUCUUGCACGGUGCACAGAGAUUGUUCGACAUGACGGAAGCGUGGGCAAGUAUCUUCCCGAGGAUAGAGUCAGAAUUGACCAAGUCAUUAAGAACAUGCAGGAUACCUACCAUUUGAAAGUGAUGUGUAUAGCGUACAGGCAUCAGAUCUACCCUUCAGCGGAAACAAGUAAACCUCAGUGGGACAACGAGGAAGAGGUGACUUCACAGUUAACAUUGCUUGGACUUGUGGGCAUUGACACAGUAGAUGAGUAUGCUGAAGUUGAAACUAGGAAACGCGCAGUGGAAGGAACAUUAGGGGGUAAAACAUUUAAGAGCUUUCAAGAAUUGAAGACGUAUAAAGCAGACAACUUCAAAGAGCCGGCUUUUGUUGAGGAAAUUUGCAGAGGAAUCGCUGUUAACACAAAGUAUUCAUCAAAUAUUCAGGAUGAAGAUGUAGACAAUCUCCCAAGACACACUGGUGAAAGCACCGAUGGCGCUCUUCUGCAGCUUCUUCUUGAAAUGGGUGAGACGUAUCAGAUUUGGAGAGACGAAUAUCCCGAAGAUACACUGGUUUACAAGAAGGCGAAUCCUAAAGGAGCGCCUUUGAAUCAGGAGUAUACCGCUGUUGUCAUUCAUCUUAAGGAUGGCGGGGGUUACAAGCUUUACUGCAAGGGAGCUCCUGGCUACGUGUUGCCUCGAUGUACUCGAAUGGCGCUUCCUUCACUUGAUAAUGUGCCCUUUGACGAUCACAACACGAGGAGGGAAACUGAUGACCUGGAAAAAAGAAAGCAGCUUGAAGUACUUUGUUUGGCGUCUAAAUAUUUUCCAGCAGUCUACGAAAAUAAUGAUUGGGGUCAAGAAGAAACCAUGUCAGGUCUUACAUUUCUUGGUUUUGUUGGCAUCGAUGAAACUGUUCGAAAGCAGGUGCCGGAUGCAAUAUGGCACUUACGAAAAGCAGGCGUUAAAGUUUGUAUGGUGACCGGAGAUAACUUGAGUGCAGCUGGAUCAUUCGGAUCGAAGACCGGAAUCUUGUCACCAACACCGGAAUGGCCACUCAAGAACUUUUCUUUUUAUGGAUGCGACAGCACAGUUUUGAAAAACAUCAGUCAGGAAAAGUUUGAUGAGUGGUGGCCAAACGAGUUGCGCAUUUUAGCUAAUGCUGGCCCCCAGGAAAGACUGGCAUUUGUCAAGCGCAUUAUGCAUAGCAGAGGCGGAGAGGUGGUAGCAGUGACAGCCUCUGGAGUGAAUGAUGACCAAGUUCUGACAAGUGCUGACGUAGGACUUACCAUGGGAGUGUCUGGUACAGACGUGGCUAAGGAAUCGGCAGAUAUUGUCUUACAAAAUGACGACUUCUCCAGUAUUGUUGAAGCUGUUAAAUGGGGGCGUAACUUGUACGAAAGUAUCCUCAAGUUUCUUCAGUUCCAGUUCACCAUUACAUGGGUUGCUAUCAUUGUUGUUAUCGUUGGCGCUUGUGUCACCAAGCGAAGUCCAUUAUCAGCAACUCAGUUGCUCUGGGUAAACCUUAUCAUGGACUCUUUGGCAUCUUUUGCUCUGACACGUGAUCCACCAUCAAAUGAUGUCCUCCGACACAAGCCUUACGGCCGACAUAAGCCGCUCAUAUCCCGCACGCUGCUAAAGAAUGUGAUAUGUCACUCCAUUUAUCAACUGGCCGUCAUGUUUGUGUUGAUGUUUGUAUUUCCUGAUUUUCUGGACAUGAGAGAUGGAUAUGAGGAGUCCAGUGUAUGCAGACCAACUCAGCACAAGACAAUGGUUUUCACUACAUUCGUAUUCAUGCAGCUGUUUAAUGAGAUCAACUGCAGACGACUGCAGGAUAGGAAUGUGUUCUAUGGAUUACUGUACGGAAAACUCAAAGAUAUCAACUUUGUUUUUAUUGUUGUUUGGAUUGGUACUUUUGGAAUUCAGAUCAUCAUUGUGCAAUUCUUCACAAACGCGUUUCGUGUGAUUGAUAUGGAGUGGGAUCAAUGGAUGUGGAGCCUGUUUUUCGGGUUUUCCGAGCUCAUCUGGGCCCAGCUUGUGUUCACCGUACCUAAAGGGGUUAUUCCUCGUCGGAUAAGAUGUUGUACCUCUGGAAUAACCAGAAACAGGAGAGGAUGUUGUGAGAGGCUGGCACUAAUCCGCGGUCUGUCCAAGGUUCGCAAACAGGUGGGUACGGUUUUAUAAAUACAAUUGUGGUUGCACUAAAAAAUGGAAACCUUUAGUGAUGGAUCAGCGAUAUAUGCUUUCAAGGCUUGUUUUUUUUUUUUUUUUUUUUUU